AGGCGAAGGGAGCUUGGGUGCCCACCGACUGGAACGCUAAGUUCAAGGCCGCCCUCGGCGGCUACAAGAAGUUCUGCAGCAGCCAGACCGGUGUUCUCCAGGUGGUGGACACGGAGGGCGGCAACUUCUACGUGCUGAAGCACGGCGACAAGAAGCCGCCGCAGGCGGCCACCAAGGCGGCCGGCGACUGGAAGAGCCAGCUUUUGGGCGCGUGGAGCGCCUACUGCAAGGUGACGCCAGCGCAUGAGAGGAGCCUGGAGGUCUUCUCGGCCCCCCUCCCGAACGGCAUCAAGAAGACUGUCCCCGAGGGCGCGGCGAAAACAUCUCCGAAGACGUCUCCAAAAGUGGAGGCCGCACCGGCUGGAGACGGCGGCAAGAAGCGCAAGGCCGAGACUGACGAUGCGCCAAAGGAGGCGGCGGCUCCCGCGAAGAAGAAGAAGGGCAAGAAGGCCUGAGGCGGCGGUGGCCACGAGCGCCGCCGCGGCGGCGGGCCGGGGUGCGAGCACGACUGCCAACGAUCGGGAGGGGUCAAAAAAACACACA